GGGCCCAUCAUGGCAGCGUUCUUUUAUUUUCUUACAUAAUCUGCUCGAGCGACUCAUUCAAAGAGACAUUUAAUCGUUUUAGUAAGGCAAUAUUUCUAUAAUCUUCAUACGUAGGCGUAUGUUUUAGACAUGUCGGUUCUCUUGAUUACAUUAAUAAAUACUAGAACAACAGCUCUGUGAAUGACAAGACCCGGCCCGUUCAGUCUUGCACUUUCUCUAUUACGUCGACAAUGAGAGUUCCCCUAUUAUAGUUGUUGCAAAUGAAAAUGGACGAGAUGUCUCUGUCAGGCCUGGAUAACACCAAGCUAGAGGCCUUGGCUCAUGACGUUUACUCAGACCUAGUUGAAGAUGCCUGUUUGGGACUGUGUUUCGAGGUGCACAGGGCGGUCAAACAAGGCUAUUUCUUCCUGGAUGAAACGGACCAAGAAAGCAUAAAGGAUUUUGAAAUAGUGGACCAGCCAGGUGUGGACAUCUUUGGGCAGGUGUACAACCAGUGGAAGAAUAAGGAGUGUGUGUGUCCAAACUGCAGCCGCAGUAUAGCAGCUUCACGCUUUGCUCCUCAUCUGGAGAAGUGUCUCGGGAUGGGCCGCAACAGCAGCAGAAUAGCAAACCGCAGAAUAGCCAGCAGCAACAACACAAGCAAGUCAGAAAGUGAUCAGGAAGACAAUGAUGACAUCAAUGACAAUGACUGGUCUUAUGGUUCAGAAAAGAAAUCCAAGAAGAGAAAGUCAGAGAAGAAUCCAAACUCUCCCAGGAGAUCCAAAUCUCUGAAGCACAAAAAUGGAGAGCUCAGCAGUAGUGUAAAUUCAGACCUUUACAAGUAUAACUACAAUUCUGGCAUUAGCUAUGAGACUUUGGGACCAGAGGAGCUGCGAUCUAUACUGACUACGCAAUGUGGGGUCGUAUCGGAGCACACAAAGAAGAUGUGCACUCGGUCCCAGCGGUGUCCCCAGCACACGGACGAACAGAGGAGGGCAGUCAGGGUCUUCCUCCUUGGGCCGUCCGCGUUGACACUACCAGACUCGGAUGCAAUGCUGGAAAAUGAUGGUUAUGAUGCACCUGAUGGCCAGCUCAUCAUGUCCCGCCUCCAGUGGGACGGCUCCUCCGAUAUCUCACCGUCAGACUCUGCAUCUUCAAAAGCCAGCACCAACAACUCUGAAUCUAAGAGACCUAAGAAAGAGAAGAAGCCCAGCACGCUGUCUUUGAGUAGCAUUGGAAGAGGUGGAGGAGAGAGGGAUAAAGGACAGGAACGAGAGAGAGUAGUCGGUGGUGGGAGUUGCAGCAGCUCUCAGAAUGCACUGGGCCUAUCCAGUCGAAAAAAGCGACCAAAACUGCCAGUUCCCCCAGCCCCCAGCAUCUACGAUGAGUUAAACUAAAGAAAAUGUCU